AUGUCAGACCUAGACCAGCAGAUAGAGCAGCUUAAACGCUGCGAACCUUUGAAGGAAUCGGAAGUGAAGGCUCUUUGUCUCAAAGCUAUGGAAAUUCUCGUUGAAGAGAGCAAUGUUCAAAGAGUCGAUGCUCCAGUCACUAUAUGUGGUGACAUCCAUGGACAGUUCUAUGACAUGAAAGAGCUUUUUAAAGUUGGGGGUGAUUGCCCUAAGACCAAUUAUUUAUUUCUCGGCGAUUUUGUUGAUCGAGGUUUUUAUUCAGUUGAGACAUUUCUACUUCUUCUAGCUCUCAAGGUUAGAUAUCCAGACCGUAUAACUCUCAUUAGAGGGAACCACGAGAGCCGGCAAAUUACACAGGUAUAUGGAUUUUAUGAAGAGUGCCUGCGUAAAUAUGGCUCCGUAAAUGUCUGGAGAUACUGCACAGAUAUCUUUGACUACUUGAGGUACACACCCCUUAAUUCUUUGGUGUUGGAGCUCAGAGUUAUUAUUAUUUCGAUUAAUUGUAACGCAAACUUCCUCUCUUUUAUAUGUUCUCUUGUAGAGAAUAAGAUAUUUUGUGUUCAUGGAGGCCUUUCUCCAGCUAUUAUGACUCUAGACCAGAUCAGGACGAUUGAUCGAAAGCAAGAAGUACCACAUGAGGGUGCCAUGUGUGAUCUUCUAUGGUCUGAUCCAGAAGAUAUUGUGGAUGGCUGGGGGUUGAGCCCCCGUGGUGCCGGAUUCCUUUUUGGCGGUAGCGUUGUAACGUCUUUUAACCAUUCAAACAACAUCGAUUACAUAUGCCGAGCUCAUCAGCUAGUUAUGGAAGGUUACAAAUGGAUGUUCAAUAGCCAGCUAGUCACUGUUUGGUCUGCCCCAAAUUACUGUUAUAGAUGUGGUAAUGUAGCCGCAAUUCUAGAGCUCGAUGAGAAUCUAAACAAGGAGUUUCGAGUCUUUGAUGCGGCCCCACAAGAAUCGAGAGGAGCUCCAGCCGAGAAACCUGCACCUGAUUAUUUUCUGUGA